AUGCUUCGCGCGCAACUCUUUGUCCCGCUGGUUUUUGCUGCUGUGAUUGCAGGGAUGUUCCUGCUAUCGGCAUUGAUCUCAUAUGGUUUUCACUUGCUUGGCAUCAACUUUCAGGAGGAUCCUUCCAGGCGUGGCUCCACUUUGGACCGACGACCGUUGACCGAAAAGCAACAGAAAGCCUUGGAGGAAGAGAUCCAAGCGCAUCUUCCAGAUGUUUUCGUCUCUGCAAGUGGGGGCGAGGAGAUGACUUGCCCAGUGUGCUUAGAUGUGAUUCAGGCGGACGAGCCAGCAAAGCAACUGCAAUGCAAGCACUACUACCAUAGCAGCUGCCUCAUUGCGUGGUGCACCAAAAAGAUUCAAAAGGAGUGCAUCAAUCAGACUACGAUACAGUGCCCCAUUUGCCGAAGCCCUCAUCCGCUUGACAACAUCGACGAGCAACCCGAGCUCGCUCAACAGCUGGGUCGUUCGCUGGAGAUCGUCGAAGAGGUGGUCUAG